CCACGCACGCUCCGGCGUACGGCGGCGGCCAGGGGUCGCGAGCCGGUGGAAGACCCGCGCGCGCGGAGCAGCCCGGGGAGUCGGCGCUUCUUUCCCUCCCUCCCCCCAUUCCCCUCCCCGCUCCCUUCCCCCCUCCCCAAGAAUGUUCCGCUACGAGUCUUUAGAGGAUUGUCCUCUAGAUGAAGAUGAAGAUGCAUUUCAAGGCCUGGGAGAAGAAGAUGAAGAAAUUGAUCAAUUUAAUGAUGAUACAUUUGGGUCAGGUGCAGUUGAUGAUGAUUGGCAGGAAGCACAUGAGCGCCUGGCUGAGUUGGAAGAGAAGCUACCUGCGGCAGCUGAUGAGCAAACAGGCAAUAGAGAGAGGGAUGAGAUGGACUUGUUGGGUGACCAUGAGGAGAAUCUAGCAGAAAGGCUCAGUAAGAUGGUGAUUGAAAAUGAGCUAGAAGAUCCAGCUAUCAUGAGGGCAGUGCAGACCAGGCCGGUUUUACAACCUCAACCCAGAAGUCUAAAUUCCAGCAUCUGGGAUGGAUCUGAAGUUCUGAGGCGAAUCCGUGGACCACUACUUGCUCAGGAAAUGCCUACAGUGUCUGUAUUAGAAUAUGCCUUGCCUCAGAGGCCCCCACAGGGCCCAGAAGAUGAUCGGGACCUUUCUGAGCGAGCUUUACCAAGGCGGUCAACAUCACCUGUCAUUGGAAGUCCUCCUGUUAGAGCUGUUCCUAUAGGCACCCCACCUAAGCAGAUGGCCGUUCCCAGCUUCAACCAGCAGAUUCUGUGUCCGAAGCCUGUUCAUGUACGGCCCCCGAUGCCACCACGUUAUCCUGCUCCCUAUGGUGAGAGGAUGUCUCCAAACCAGCUCUGCAGUGUUCCGAACUCCUCCCUUCUGGGCCACCCUUUUCCUCCUAGUGUUCCUCCUGUCCUCAGUCCCCUGCAGAGAGCACAGCUUCUUGGAGGAGCACAGCUACAGCCUGGACGGAUGUCUCCCAGCCAGUUUGCACGGGUCCCUGGAUUUGUUGGUAGCCCCCUGGCUGCCAUGAAUCCUAAAUUGCUACAAGGGCGAGUUGGGCAGAUGCUUCCCCCAGCACCAGGCUUCCGUGCCUUCUUUAGUGUUCCACCCCCUGGUACACCACCUCCCCAGCAGCAUCCUCCUGGCCCAGGACCUCACCUGCAAAACCUAAGACCUCAGGCCCCAAUGUUUAGACCAGACACAACCCACCUUCAUCCACAGCACCGGCGCCUGUUGCAUCAGCGGCAACAGCAGAGUAGAAAUCAGCAUCGGAAUCUCAAUGGUGCCGGAGACAGAGGAGGUCACCGGGCCAGUCAUCAAGAUCAUCUCCGGAAGGAUCCAUAUGCUAAUCUCAUGCUGCAGCGGGAAAAGGAUUGGGUCUCUAAAAUCCAGAUGAUGCAGCUGCAGAGCACUGAUCCCUACCUAGAUGAUUUCUAUUACCAGAAUUACUUUGAAAAACUGGAGAAAUUGUCAGCUGCUGAAGAAAUACAAGGUGAUGGUCCUAAGAAGGAGCGAACCAAGCUCAUCACCCCCCAGGUGGCCAAACUGGAACAUGCAUAUAAGCCUGUGCAGUUUGAGGGCUCUUUGGGUAAGCUUACUGUCUCUAGUGUGAAUAAUCCUCGAAAGAUGAUCGAUGCCGUUGUGACAUCUCGGAGUGAGGAUGAUGAAACAAAAGAAAAACAAGUUCGGGACAAGAGAAGAAAAACCCUUGUCAUAAUUGAGAAAACCUAUAGUUUACUCCUUGAUGUUGAGGAUUAUGAAAGGCGCUAUCUCCUAAGUCUAGAAGAAGAGCGGCCUGCCCUGGUGGAUGAAAGAAAGCACAAAAUCUGUAGCAUGUAUGACAACCUGAGGGGCAAAUUGCCUGGACAAGAGAGGCCAAGCGAUGACCACUUUGUACAGAUCAUGUGUAUCCGAAAAGGGAAGAGAAUGGUUGCCCGCAUUCUCCCUUUCCUCUCCACAGAGCAAGCAGCUGACAUUCUCAUGGCAACUGCCAGGAACCUCCCUUUCCUUAUCAAGAAGGACGCACAAGAUGAGGUGCUGCCAUGCUUACUGAGUCCCUUCUCUCUUCUCCUCUAUCAUCUUCCUUCAGUGACUGUCACCAGCCUUCUGCAACAGCUAAUGAACCUACCUCAAAGUGCAACUGCACCAGCACCCUCCAACCCUCACCUCACUGCUGUGCUCCAGAACAAGUUUGGCUUGUCACUGCUCCUAAUCCUCCUAAGCCGUGGGGAAGACCUACAGAGUUCAGGCCCUGCUAUAGAAUCAACGCAAAAUAACCAGUGGACAGAGGUGAUGUUGAUGGCAACCCGAGAACUUCUACAGAUCCCCCAAGCAGCCCUGGCCAAGCCAAUCUCUAUACCCACAAAUCUAGUGUCCCUUUUUUCUCGCUAUGUUGACCGGCAGAAACUGAACUUGCUGGAGACAAAACUACAGCUGGUCCAGGGGAUACGAUAAGCCCCCGGUGUGUCCUGUACCUCCUUUUUGGCUGCCGCCUGCACUGCUGCCAUCACCAACGGAGUGUUUUUAAUGAGGGGAGGGAGGUAGCUUAUGACCCAAAGGAAAGUCUGUGGGAUCGACCUGUUUGCAGAGGUUAGCUCUGAAUGCCAGGUAUUUCCCCACUGCUCUGAUACUUCUGCUGGGUGAUACUUCUGCUGGUUUCUUUUACCUUCUGUGUUACACUCUGCAUGUCCUACUUUUACUCAAUUCUUCUCAACUUUGCAUUUUCUUUGCCCUAGAGACACAAAUAUAAUAUCCCUUUAUCCCAUCACCACUAUUACAGUUCAAAGUAGGUUGUAGUCUGCCAAAGGUUCCCUCCACCUUUAUUAAUAUGACUAUAGGAGAGCCAAAACUAAGUAGAAGUCAAAAUAUAGGUAAAUGUACACACACCCCUACACACACAUUCAUGUGGUCUCCAGAGGGUCCUUAAAGGAUGAGUUUUAGUUUGAAAAAUAUUUAGUUGACAUAUACCUCUAAAAAUAAACCAGCUGAUAUAUUUUAAGUCUGUUUCUGUUCUAUCUUGUAAUUUGGUGGAUUCUACUUUUUUAAUAUAUAAUACAGGGUACACAGCACAUUACAUUAAAUCAAACUUGUUAAAUGGCUGAUGCCCAGCUCUAGGCUGAGAAGUCUUCUUUCUCCCUACCGGUAUUUCC